UUAGUGCCAUUGUCGUUAUCUAUUGACAAGUGGAGCAACGCUCGAACAAAACUUCAAUGUUUCUGCCAAGCAUUAGACAUUUGGGCCAUACAACUGACGGCUGUCGCACGAGCCAGCAAAUUCUGUGCUGCACUUGUAAUUAAUAUUAACAUGAGACUGUUAAUCUGGUUGUGUUCGCUGUGCUUCGUUGCCAAUAAUGUCGGUGGCAUGUUCUUUGAGCUGCCAGGCAACACAGCAGCAGCAUCAGCGGAUGAUGGUACUAACGAUGACUUCCUAGGCGGAGCAAUAAGUGGGCUAAGCCGAUACUUUGGCGGCAAGGCAGACGCUCCUAGACUGAAGCCUGUCAGCCAGCGCAGAGGCAGCUCUAGCCCCGAGACAGCAACAGCCACGAUGAAGCCAUCAUCGUCGGGAUUUUUUGAUGAAAUGGAAACAUCUCUCGAACAUGCAACCGACACGCUCGACGGCCUGUGGCAGCAAUUCAGGCAGGGACUGCUGAAUCUGGUGGACAGCUUUAGCGUCGGCGAUAAUGAUGGCAGCAUAGACAUUGAUCAACGCAGUACAACGCCAAAGAGUAACUUACAGCAGCUGGGGACAGUAAGCAGCUGGCGUGUCAAAACAACAACAACAACAACACAAACAGCUGUGCCGACAACAACAACCCCAACAACCUUGCGACCAGCGACUGAAUUGGAAACGCCUUUUAGCACGCCGCUUCCAUGAUGACUUCUAGCACAAGUUCUGGAUUCAACUUCUCGACUUUAACACGCAACAAAAGAUCAGCUUU